AUGAUAGGUCUUUUCCUCGUGGGAGUGACCGUUUUGCAGGUUGUGGUGCUGCUGUUGUCACCUUCUUACAAAGAUCUGUUCCCCUUUUCCAUAUACUACAAGUACGUUUUCAAACCACUUUUGCAAGAUAACCAGCGAUAUCGGUGGAAGUUUUACGUUGUUCCAGGAUUCUACUUUGGUUUGUAUGGAUUUAUUGUACAUCAACUUGGCAAAUUUGUGCUACCAGCUGUGAGUCAGCGGCUAUUCAUAUUUGAAAAAGUUCUGGUCCUUCCUCUGCUGAUCAUUGUAACGCCGCUUUUGGGGUGGCUCAGUAUGGUCGUUGCCCCAUACAACUCGGCGGAUAACCUAACAGCAGUACAAGAAUAUCCCUAUGACUACCUGCUGUAUUAUCCUAAUGUCAAAUGCCGCACAUGUCGAGUGGCCAAGCCUGCACGCUCCCGUCAUUGUAGUCUGUGUGGAGUUUGUGUGCUUGUAGCUGAUCAUCAUUGUAUUUGGGUGAACAAUUGCAUUGGUAAGGGAAAUUACCAAUAUUUUUAUGGUUUCUUGUUUGCGAACACGAUAUCGAUGAUUUACGGCUUUCUGAGAAUGGUACACAUAACCAUAACAAGAGAUGAGGUGACCCAAAAGUAUCCCAAAAGUAUCACCCUCUUCACUAUUCUCUGCGGAAGCUUUGCAGUAAUUUGCGGAGUUUUUACCUUCAUGCAACUUGAUCUCGUGAGAAAUGGUAUGACCACAAAUGAGAAGGACAAGUGGUUUACUCUACACGAUAUUCUCAGGGAGGGCCGAUUAGUCGCUACUCCGGACAAUCGUUGGUUCAUCAAGUCGGUUUCGUCACCGGAAUCAGAAGACACCAUUGACAAUGACGCAAAUCAAUUUUACAGCACGAACCCUUAUGAUCCGGUUCCAAGUUCUUUGGACAACUACAGAGUACUAACAGACACAUCAGAGAUCCUAAACAUAUAUGAUUCAGGCUCAUUAAUGGCUAAUUUCACUAAACUCUGCACGUGA